CUCGUCCCUCCUCGGUGACGCCACAGGCAGGGCCCGCCCCCAGCUGCCCAGGAUUCCUGUUAUCUCUGCGCCUAGCGAGCGCCCCGGAAACUGCUGCCACAUCCUGGGGUCAUGAUGGGCAGUAAGAUGGCGUCUGCCAGCCGGGUCGUUCAGGUAGUCAAGCCACAUACUCCAUUAAUAAGGUUCCCUGACAGAAGAGACAAUCCUAAACCUAACGUAUCAGAAGUUUUGAGAUCAGCAGGACUACCGUCUCACUCUUCUUCAAUUUCACAGCAUUCUAAGGGAAGUAAAUCCCCAGAUUUGCUGGUGCAUCAGGGUCCACCAGACACUGCAGAAAUAAUAAAAACAUUACCUCAGAAAUACAGAAGGAAACUUGUAUCUCAAGAAGAAAUUGAAUUUAUCCAACGUGGAGGUCCAGAAUAAUCACUGACAGUGUGGCUGCUGUUUGUCAUCAGACAGAGGACUAGUCUUUACAAUAAAGGACUUCCAAAAUGGCACAUGAGAAAUUAUAUAGUAAAUAACUUGAAUAAAUACUCUGCAAAAAAAAAAAAAGAAAUCUAGAAAAUUUAGAUGGACAAUUGUAUCUCCUAAUAUAUGUAUCUUGGUCAGCUUCUCCACAAGCUUACCUAAUUGUUUAUAUGCUUAUUAAAGUAUACAUUUUUAAAUGUUA